AUGAAGCUCCUGGGGAGUCUCCUUCUCCUCUGUACAGUGGCCCAUUUCUGCAGCAGGGCAGAAGCUGCCAGUGUAUCUUCAACAAUGGUGGACUGCAGCAUUUAUAAGAAGUACCCCGUAGUGGCCAUCCCCUGCCCCAUUACGUACCUGCCUGUCUGCGGCUCUGACUACAUAACCUAUGGGAAUGGAUGCCACCUGUGUACCGAGAUCUUGAGAAGUAAUGGAAAAAUCCAGUUCCUUCAUGAUGGACCAUGCUAGCUUCUCGAUGUAAA